GCCCAACUUCUUCGUGACGUAAAGAAGGAGGGUGUUGAGUCUUUUCCAAGAUGGCGACGACCAUAGAAAGCAGCAAUGCCGUACAGGCGUCAAAGAAAAAACAUCUGGGAAUCCCUGAGGCAAUAUUUGUGGAGGAUGUCGAUUCGUUUAUGAAGCAACCAGGCAACGACACCGCAGACGCCGUUUUGAGGAAACUGGAUGAGCAGUACCAGAAAUAUAAAUACAUGGAACUCAACCUCGCUCAGAAGAAGCAAAGGUUGAAAAGCCAGAUUCCACAGAUCAAGCAGACUUUAGAAAUUCUACGACAUAUGCAGAAGAAGAAGGACACCACAGAACCCAUGGAGACACACUUCCUCUUGGCCGAUAAUGUUUACUGCAAGGCUUCGGUCCCACCCACCGACAAAGUGUGCCUGUGGCUAGGGGCCAAUGUAAUGUUGGAAUAUGACAUCGAUGAGGCUCAGGCCCUGCUGGAGAAGAAUCUGGCAGCGGCGUCGCGCAACCUGGACUCAUUGGAAGAGGACCUGGACUUCCUACGAGACCAGUUCACCACCACUGAAGUCAACAUGGCACGAGUCUACAACUGGGACGUGAAGCGACGAAGCAAGGACAACCUACUCAAAUCGGUCGAGAAGUCUUAAGAGAGGAGGACGCCACCCACAUCCCGGCGACCCAGCGAAUUGGCCCAAACUCCAUGUCAACGUUCACGGUUGUAGUCUCUGCUUUACAGGGUCGCGUCCCAGAUGCCGCCCUACUCCCUGUGUAGUGCACCGCCCAAUAUCAAAAUGUGUGCACCGCUUUGAGGGAAGUGUGCCAUUCUGGCCACCCUAACAUUAUCGAUUUAUUACUUUUUAAAGUAUUUUUUCAAUUAAAACAAGGACAAAAGUUACUAGGGCAGUUGGUGUUUUUUCUUUUUGUAUUCUUUUAUUACGAUUAUUAAGCACUCAUAUUUUUUUUGAGCUUCUGAGGCUGUUUGACUUUUCACUGUCCACUACUUUGUCCUCCUUUUGUCUUAUAGUUUUCACUAAAUUGUAGUUCUUUAUCGAAUGUGGGUUUGGGACUGUGGUUUGCUUUCGGGGGGAAAAACAGCUUACUACUACCCAUAAUCCUCGCUGAGCAUGAAAUGGGGCGGAAGGAGGAGAAAGGGCUUUUCAUCAGUCAAAGCCAGAAACAUAACAGGAGUUUAUCCAGGUAUUAGAAUAGCUAUCAUUUUAGUGCAUGUAUUCUAGACAUUUUAGAAAAUGUAAGAAAGGACUUCUAAAAAAUAAAUUGCCCCAAAUAGAUCUGCUCUAAACAAGCAAAACAGAACAGAUCAGCAAAGUUAAAGAUGUUUUUAUAGAUUUGCAUUAAGGUUCAUGUGCAUUCUGGUCUGUGGUUGCAGUAUCAACAAAUUGCAUCCAGACAUCCUUAGAGGUUUUGAAGCCUAUCAGGAAUAAAACAGCCUCUCCGGAAACAUGAUUUUUCAUUUAGCAAUGGCUUGAUAGAGAACGGGCUCCCCUAGAGGUGCAAAGGUCAAACUUCAGUAUAUGACUGGUCCAAGCUUACCUUUCUCCUAUAUGAUGUUGUGGAAUAAUGUCAGUGUGGUUCACUCAAGAUCCUGACAUUUUGAAUGGUUUUCCCCAUGCCCCAUCUGUUCUGUCCCUGCCACUUUCUGCCACAUCCUAAAGUUGUCACCCUAAUUGCUAUAUAGGAUGCUACUUUUCACCAGAAGCCUACAGGCCUUGGUCAAAACUAAUCCAUCAUAUAGAAAAUUGAGGGUGCCCUUUUGUCCCCACACCAUAAUUGUUUUGUUCCUGCUGUCUGGUUCGCUCCUCUUCCUCACUGUAUUUAUUUAUGUUGUGUCCAUUAAGACAUUUGAGUGAUAAAAGAAAUGACAAAAAAUGAAAUGAAAACUUGA